AUGACAACCACAAAUACCAUCACCAAAAAGAUACCUAAUGAUUAUUUUGUGGAAAAAACAGACUAUUCUCUUUGGAGGCUUAAAGUUGAUCAUGGACGUCAAACCUGGCAUCAUUUAGAAAAUAAGGAAGAGAUUAAAAAUUGGCCACAAACCAUGUGUGAUAAAUACUGGUUAGGAAUACCUUUUACUAGUAAAAACUUUGGCACUCCAAAAACUCCUCUUGAAGCUGCACAUAAUGGCUUUGAAUUUUUUAAGCAACUUCAAACGGAAGAUGGUCAUUGGGCAUGUGAAUAUGGUGGACCAAUGUUUUUACUUCCUGGUCUUAUAAUAUCCACGUAUAUCACACAUAUAUCGAUUCCUGAAAGUUGGCGGAUUGAAAUUAUUAGAUAUUUAUUUAACAGAGCCAACCCAAUAGAUGGAGGAUGGGGCAUUCACGUUGAGGGUCCUUCAACAGUAUUUGGCACUGCUUUGAAUUAUGUGACACUUCGAAUUUUAGGUGUUGAUGCUGAUCACCCAGUCAUGGUAAAGAGUAGAGCAACUUUACAUAAACUUGGAAGUGCCUUGGCAAUACCAUCUUGGGGUAAAUUUUGGUUGUCAUGUUUAAAUGUUUAUGAUUGGGAAGGAAUGAAUCCUGUUCCACCAGAACUUUG